AUGUCUGGAACCGGUCCUCGCGAGAAUAUCUUCCCCACGCGCAUGGCGCUCACGAACACCAAGUUGCGGUUGAAGGGCGCACAGACUGGACACUCGUUACUGGCCAAGAAGCGCGAUGCUCUCACGACCCGUUUCCGUGCUAUUUUGCGCAAGGUCGAUGAGGCAAAGCGCAAGAUGGGCCGUGUAAUGCAACUUGCGUCGUUCUCACUCGCCGAAGUGACGUACGCGACGGGCGAUAUAUCCUAUCUGGUCCAGGAACAAGCCAAACAGGCAACAUUCCGUGUCAAGGCAAAGCAGGAGAACGUAUCUGGUGUUGUACUACCCACAUUCGAAGUCGAUCGUGUACAAGGAUCUGACUUCAACUUGACCGGUCUUGGACGAGGAGGACAGCAAGUGCUGCGCUCAAAGGAGGUCUAUGCUAAGGCGGUCGAGACGCUUGUCGAGCUUGCGUCGUUGCAGACCGCGUUCAUGAUACUCGACGAGGUUAUUCGCGCCACGAACCGACGUGUGAACGCCAUUGAACACGUCGUCAUCCCGCGGUUGGACAACACCAUCAAGUACAUCAUGAGUGAGCUGGACGAGAUGGAUCGUGAAGAGUUCUUCAGGUUAAAGAAAGUGCAGGGAAAGAAGAAGAGGGAUACCGAGGCUGCGGAGAACAAGCGGAAGGCGGACCUGGCCGCUGCAGCCACUGCGGAGUUUGGGGAGGCAGAAGGAAAGACUACGGCACCUCCGAGCGUCAUCGAUGAGGAGCCCAGCGAGGGAACCGGUGAUCUGCUGAACGACAAGGAUGCGGAUGUCAUAUUCUGA